CCUCUCUGAAGCAAAUAAUAAUUCACUAAACUUUUUUUUUUAAAAUGAAAAGCAUAUUUUCGUUGGCAGUGCCUCUGGGACUCCUCUUUGUUUCCUGUUGGGCGAAUCAGCAGGACUUCCAUUCACUCGAGAAGGGAAUCCAGAGUCUUUCGGAUGGCGCCGUAGGAUUCGAAAGCGAGUUCAAUAAUGGAUUUAAACUGAAAGAACUACAAAAUGCCAUCAAUGUAGUGGAUAGAGGGCUUCUCGGAUUCCCAGGCACCGCCAAGAAAAACCUGGACCGCAUCCGCACCCUGACUUCAAAUUCCCGUCUCGCUUACAAAGUCGCUGAAGGUUCAGUGUUCGAGUGGUGCGUUGCAGCAAAGGCGACACUAGACCUCUACAUUAGACAGAGCUCGUCAAGCUUAUCGGAAAAAGAUAAGAAUACGUUGUGGAAUAUGGUCCGAACCAUAGUGAAGAGCGGUCUGACCAAAGUUUCGGAUUCCUUCAAACAGUUGGAGUCAGUUAAGUGGCAAAGGGAAGACUUGGUUAGGAAUUUGGAGGAAAUGAAUCGCGAUUUGACCUUCGACUUGGGACCCAACGGCUAUUUCGAACGAGAAAACAAUCAUCAGAGUGUGAAUGAUAAAGCUUGGUUUAAUGCUCUGAGCAACGAAAUCCUUGUUCAGUCUUCUCUAAGGAAUCUAACACAGUUCGGCAAUGAGGCUACCACUUGUUUGAGCCAAGCUUUUACCCAUGUUCCAAAGGUCCGCCAAACCCAGUUGCAAGACAAGAAAGGUAGUUAUUCUCUGCUCGAUGGAAACAUAAAAGCAGCUAUCCAACUAUCGGCUACUCCCGAUUUCAAAUUGAAAGAUAAUUCAAUGAGUAACCUAUUACAGGCCCUUGAAAUUAACCCCAUGCUCUUGGAAAACGAUUACGCUUCGCAAGGUCGACUUGUGCCACUUUUGCAAACUCUGUUUGAGAAGUGUGAAGCGCUCACUAAGAAGACUUUACCUCAGAACGCUUAACAUUCAAAAUUUCCUAAUAUAUACGAAAUGUAAAAAAGUAUAUAAAUAAAUAACUUUGUCUACGAGACAGUUCA